UUUGUUUUGAUUUGGUUUUUCUUGACACACGUGAUAAUAACUAAAUAACUGAUAAACUAGGCUUGGGCCGCCCAAGUAUGCGCACUCUGAUUUCAUUUAGUCUAGAGCUGCAUUGCACAUACUACAGCUAGCUGCAGUACGGGAAAGACUAUUGAAUUCUAAUGCAUAGGCCACAGGCAAUUCCUUGGCUUGCUUACCAAGCUUCACGAUGUUACACAACUUCAUCACCAUGCUACUGUGUGAAGCAAUCAGUGAGGGUGAGAUUUGCUCCAAGUCCGACCGGCAUGAUGCACUUGGGUGGCUUACGUACUGCCCUCUAUAAUUAUAUCUAUGCAAAAUCUUUUGGUGGAAAAUUUAUUUUGCGCAUAGAGGACACAGAUCAAGGCAGACUUGUUGAAGGUGCUGUUGACAAUAUUGAGCAAACUAUAACAUGGGCAGGAAUGCCUCCAGAUGAAGGACCAUCUGUUGGAGGCUCAUAUGGACCUUAUGUACAGUCAAAAAGACUUCAUAUCUAUAAUGAGAAUAUCAACAUUCUUUUGCAGAAUGGAACAGCUUACAGAUGCUUCUGUUCACCUCAACGACUGAAUCUUUUAAGAAAAGAGGCUUUGAGACACAGACAGGUGCCUCGGUAUGAUAACCGGUGCAGAUCACUUUCUGAAGACCAGGUGCAACGGAAAAUGAAUGCUGGUGAGAUGUAUGUUGUCAGAUUCAAGUUGAAUGAAGAAGUUGAGUAUUUUGAGGACCUUGUUUAUGGACGAACAAAACAUGAAACUCACACCAUAGAAGGAGACCCAGUGUUGCUAAAGUCAGACAAGUUUCCCACCUAUCAUUUUGCGAAUGUUGUAGACGAUCAUUUGAUGAACAUCACACACGUACUACGUGGUAUGGAAUGGUUGACAUCGACUUCAAAGCAUCUCCUUAUUUAUAAAGCCUUUGAGUGGACGCCACCAACCUUUGCACACCUGCCACUUCUCAUGAACAAAGAUGGAAGUAAGUUGUCAAAAAGGCAAGGAGAUAUAUUUGUAGAGAAAUUUAAAGAUUCAGGAUUUUUACCAGAGGCACUGUUAAACUUUAUAACCUCUUGUGGGUCUGGUUAUCAAGAUAACAAAAGCAUUAAAGAUCUGAACGAACUCAUUAAACAGUUUUCUAUAGACAAAGUCACCACUCAUUCUGCAACACUUGAUAUGGAGCAACUUUUGAGAAUCAAUCGAGGUCACAUAUGUCAAAAGUUGAUAGAUGAUAAAGAGCAACACAAUUUGAUUAAAGAAUUGAAAGCUGUCAUUCAUAAAAAAUUGGGGAAUAGAAUAUCAACCAGCCAAGUUCUCAACCUUAAUGAAGAUUAUUUACUGAAAGUGCUACAAUUCCGCAAGGAUCACAUUAGCAAGCUUGAGGAUUUAGUGGCAGAUGAGUACAUGUGGAUUCAACCAAACUUGUCACUACACCAUUUUACUAAUGUUUCACGGGAAGCUGAGAAAAUUAUUAGCAUGGUGGAAGCAGAUUUUCAGUGCUGUGAUAAAGAACUUUUUCGAGAAGAUGAGUUAGCAAAGAGGUUAAAAUCAAUUUCACAACGAAUUGCCAACUUGAAACCUGGAGAGUUCUGGAAAACAUUGCGGUUUGCAUUGAGUGGAAUUACGGAUGGUCCAAGUCUUAAGGAGAUGUUUACAAUACUUGGCAAAGAGGAAAGUUUACGAAGGCUACAAGCUGCUGCAGCUUUGUUUAAAGACAGUUAAUGCAUGUGCCUGCUGCAAUCCACACCCUGAGUAAUGUCUAAUGAUACGUUUACAGUAUAACAUUGAGGAGUGAAGCUGUACUAUGAAAUCUGCUUCUCCAGCCUCUUAAGCAGUAGUGCUGAGAGGGUGGUGCAGAAAGUGGCUCCUAGGGGAUUGGGCCACUAUGGUGAAAAAUAUAGACAAAUCUAAUUAUUGUAUAGAUAAAUAUGUGAUGACAAAAUUUCAUCUAUUAGACUAUAAUCAUUUAAGUUUAGUCAUCUAAAGGUCUACAGCUUGUAUAAGAGCACUUGCCAAUAGAAAAUACCACCCUGUUAAAUAUUAUAUGUUUAAAUAGAUGUUUGUUUCAAUUGUAAAUAUUGCACUUAAUAUUGAAUAAACAAUAAUGUUGAAACUUGAAUG